GUACUUCUUCCCUUCCUUCCUCCCUUCCUCCCUCCCAAAACACAUCUCCACCGCGCUCCAAACACCACACCGCCCCCAGACCAACCCACCAUGAUCCCAGCCGACCAACUCAUCGCCCAAGUCCGCAGUAAUCUCAGCCCCUCCGACCUCCAAGCUUUCUACGCCCAAUGGGCCCCCACUUACGAUAGCCACAUCGUCGCGCUCCAAAACUACGUUGCCCCCACCCUAAUCGCUCAAAUCGCCUGCCAAUAUCCGCACUAUCCAACCCUCCGCAUUCUCGAUGCCGGAUGUGGCACCGGGCUCGUAGGGGUUGCGCUUGUAAAGAGCGGUGGUACGGAGAUUGAUGGUCUUGAUUUUUCGCCCGCUAUGCUCGCCCAAGCGCGUCUAACGGGCUGCUAUCGCAAUCUGUUCGUAGGAGACUUGUCGCGGGCGAUUGAGGUGCCAGAUGGAACGUAUGACUUGGUGACUUGUGCGGGGACAUUUACGUAUGGACAUGUUGGUCCCAAUCCUGCGUUAAGAGAAUUCACUCGGGUACUUAUUCCAAAUGGUCUUAUCAUUGCGACCAUUCUAGAGGAGGUUUGGGAAUCGGGGGGCUACAAAGCUGAGAUUGAGAAAUUGGAGACAGAAGGAAUUUUGGAGGUUGUUAGUGUGGAGUUGAAUGAUUAUCGGAAGGGAUCUGAUAAAGCAUAUAUGAUUGUCUUGAAAAAGAAAGGUAGUACUUGAAUGAUCUAAGAGAAUAGUGGUACAUUGGGUUGAAUUUUAUUUUUCUUGAUAUGAACA